CUUUAAACAACUUGAACCAAGAGUGUGCAGAAUAACAAGGACUGCUGCUGAUAAACUACACCAACUACUUACUCGGGAGGUCCAAGGAAUAGAAGCUUUGCCAUUUUGAGGCAAAUUUUUGAAAGUAGUUGUCUGUUGAGGGCGUCAAGCAUCGAUUACUUUAAUUCCAAUUCGAAAGGCUCAUUCUUUGGAUAAAAGGAUGCUGUAGUAGUAUGGUUUCAAUCCCUGUUCGUGCUCGUCUUGAAUAAUUAAGUUUGGAAACCUCUCAAUAGGCAUAACAAAGGUUUUUGUGGAAUGGGUUCGAAUGCGGAUAACGACGGUAGUGAUAGUUUUGGUUGGGAUACCGAAGAUGAGCAAGAACUUAUGUUGCCGUCCAGUGCGAGUCCAACAUUUUUUGGUAAUGGUUUUGUAGGAUGUUCCGAUGAGGCAAGUUCAUCUGCUGGGCCUUCUACUAAGUUGAUCUCACACUUUGUUGGAAUGGGUUUCUCAAGAGACUUGGUAUUGACGGCAAUCGAUGAAAAUGGAGAAGCAAAUACGGACGCAAUACUGGAGACCCUGCUAACAUAUUCAGCUCUUGAGAAGUCUCCACCAAAAACGGAACCUGUUGCUUGUGAAGGAGAACAAUUUGCGUCAGAAUGGAGUUCUUCUGAAAGUGCAGGAGAUUUUCUGGAUGAUUUCUCAGAUGAGGAUUAUCUCGGGAGCGAGGACAAUGAUGAGAAUCUGUCAGAGAUGGAGAGGACUUUAAAGCAGCUCGUGGGUAUGGGUUACCCUGCAGCUGAGGCUGCCAUUGCUAUUGAAAGAUGUGGCCAAGAUGCUUCAAUUAUGGAGCUGACUGAUUUUUUAUGUGCUGCUCAAAUGGCUAAGGCAGCAGAUGCUCUAUUGGAGGAGCUACCUCGUUUUGGUUCCAAUGAAGGAGAGCAACGACGAAAUUACUUCAACGGUGAUCCACGUAAGAAGAAAAGAUUUUAUGCAGAUGAUAAUUGGGAAAGAAAAAGACAAAAACAACGAGUAAGACAUAGAGAUCCAGAUGAGGAGAUAGAUACCACCAUUAUACCAAAUCCUAUGGUUGGUUUUGGAAUUCCAGGUGAACCUUGGCGGGCAAGACAUCAAAGAACACUUCCAGAUGAAGCUAUUGGACCACCGUACUUCUAUUAUGAGAAUGUAGCUCUUGCUCCAAAAGGUGUUUGGAGCACGAUUUCUCGUUACUUAUUUGAGAUUGAGCCAGAGUUUGUAGAUUCAAAGUACUUCAGUGCAGCAGCUAGAAAAAGAGGCUACAUACAUAAUCUUCCAAUUGGCAAUAGGUUUCCUCUUUUACCGAUUCCCCCACAGACAAUCCAUGAAGCAUUGCCGAUGACAAAAAGGUGGUGGCCUACAUGGGAUUCUCGAACAAAGUUGAAUUGUUUACAAACGUGUUUGGCGAGUGCACAAUUGACUGACAGGUUGCGCAAGGCUGUUGAAGAUUAUAAUGAUAACCCACCUCUUAAUAUCCAAAAAUAUGUAAUGGAGCAAUGCAGAAAGUGGAAUUUAGUUUGGGUUGGAAAAAACAAAGUUGCUCCUCUUGAGCCGGACGAGAUAGAGUCUUUAUUAGGUUUUGCUAAAAACCACACACGCGGAGGUGGAAUUAGUAGGACGGAAAGAUUAAAAGGACUUGGCAAUUCCUUUCAGGUUGACACCGUUGCCUACCAUCUUUCGGUCUUAAAGGAUAUGUACCCAAACGGCAUGACAGUCCUCUCGCUUUUCUCUGGUAUUGGUGGUGCUGAAGUUGCUCUAUAUCGGCUUGGUAUCCAUUUGAAAACAGUUGUUUCUGUUGAAAUUUCAGAAACAAGUAGAAACAUUCUUCGUAGUUGGUGGGAGUCUACAAAUCAAAGUGGAAAUCUGAUUGAUAUCGAUGAUGUGCAAAAAUUAGACGCUGAUAAGUUAGAGCAAUUGAUCAACUCAUUUGGUGGAUUCGAUUUAGUAAUUGGAGGAAGCCCGUGUAACAAUUUAAGUGGAAGUAACCGAGUGAGUCGAGAUGGGCUUGAGGGUAAGCACUCUUCUUUAUUUUAUGAUUAUUUCCGCAUUUUAAAUCAAGUCAAGGUUAUAAUGGCAAAAUAGCUAGCCAUGUAGAACAUAAUCUUAUGAAACUUAAAUUGGAGAUACCACUUCUAACGAAGCAUUUGCAACUGCAAGAUACAGAUUCUGGUUCAGUUGUGGUUGGGAUUGUUCUUUUUCUGUAUGCUUUAUGAUCUUCUUUUGAAAGUUGAACUCAUUUGAUUAAUUUGGUAGAGGAAUCUAACCUUUUUUU